GCGGGAGACGGCGUAGAGGAGCGGAGGAAAGGAAAAGGGCGGAGAGAGGGAAGCUGGCGCCAGUGUCUCGCUCUGAUUGGCCAGCUUCGCUUGCUCUGUCUCCGCCUAUUUUUCCUUCCCUGGCGAGUGACGGGCCCACGCCGGAGGGGUGGGGCGGGGCGUCGGAGCGGGAGUGUGUGGAGGGGCGGGCAGGGCGGGGCGGGGCGGGGCGAGUGGGGGAGGGGCGGGCGGGGGGCGGCGGUUGUGCAGCGUCGCUUCUUAGGAGGAGGAGGAGGAAGGAGGGCGAGCGAGGAGGAUGGUGGAGUCGGGGCUCCUGACGGAAUUCUAAUGAAUCGUUGAUUGACCAGCAUUAUUUUACCAGUUGGAAUGAGUUAUCAGAAAUGGGCAUAGUGCUUUUAGAUCCAACAUGUAACAGAUGGAUGUUACUCCAUGCUGAUUACUUCUUCCAGCCAAACCAUUUUUGAUUGUGUAGGAUCUUUGUCUCUUCAUCUUUGAAUUCCAAUUACUGGCAAAUAAAAUAAAAGGAGUUCAUGUAGUUUUUGUCCAAGCUUCAGUCACCAUGAGUAGUAGUUUAGGAAAAGAAAAAGACUCUAAAGAGAAAGAUCCCAAAGUACCAUCAGCCAAGGAAAGAGAAAAGGAGGCAAAAGCCUCUGGAGGUUUUGGGAAAGAAAGCAAAGAAAAAGAACCUAAGACCAAAGGGAAAGAUGCCAAAGAUGGAAAGAAAGACUCCAGUGCUGCCCAGCCAGGGGUGGCAUUUUCAGUUGACAAUACGAUCAAACGGCCAAAUCCAGCACCGGGGACUAGAAAAAAAUCCAGCAAUGCAGAGGUGAUUAAAGAGCUCAACAAAUGCCGGGAAGAGAAUUCAAUGCGUUUGGACUUAUCCAAGAGGUCUAUACAUGUAUUGCCAUCAUCAAUCAAAGAGUUGAUUCAAUUAACAGAACUUUAUUUAUACAGUAACAAAUUGCAGUCACUCCCAGCAGAGGUGGGCUGUCUAGUAAAUCUCAUGACACUGGCUCUAAGUGAAAAUUCACUUACCAGUUUGCCGGACUCUCUUGAUAACUUGAAGAAGCUGCGAAUGCUUGAUUUACGGCAUAAUAAACUGAGAGAAAUUCCUUCAGUGGUGUAUAGGCUAGAUUCUCUCACCACUCUAUACCUUCGCUUUAAUCGUAUAACUACUGUGGAAAAGGACAUCAAAAACCUGUCAAAACUCAGCAUGCUUAGCAUUCGAGAGAACAAAAUCAAACAACUACCUGCUGAAAUUGGUGAAUUAUGUAACCUCAUUACGCUGGAUGUAGCUCACAAUCAACUUGAACACCUUCCAAAGGAGAUUGGAAACUGCACACAGAUAACCAACCUUGACUUGCAGCACAAUGAACUGCUAGACCUCCCAGAUACUAUAGGAAACUUGUCCAGUUUAAGUCGUCUUGGCCUGAGGUAUAACAGACUAUCAGCAAUACCCAGAUCAUUAGCAAAAUGCAGUGCACUUGAAGAGUUAAAUUUAGAGAACAAUAACAUUUCUACUUUACCAGAGAGUCUUUUAUCAAGCCUCGUGAAACUGAAUAGUUUGACCUUAGCUAGAAAUUGCUUCCAGUUAUAUCCAGUGGGUGGUCCAUCUCAGUUUUCUACCAUCUAUUCCCUCAAUAUGGAACACAAUCGAAUCAAUAAAAUUCCAUUUGGAAUCUUCUCCAGAGCAAAAGUAUUAAGUAAGCUGAAUAUGAAGGACAAUCAGUUAACAUCACUUCCCUUGGAUUUUGGAACUUGGACCAGUAUGGUAGAAUUGAAUUUAGCCACUAAUCAGCUGACAAAGAUCCCUGAGGAUGUGUCUGGUCUUGUUUCUCUUGAGGUUCUAAUAUUAUCAAACAAUCUUCUAAAGAAGCUUCCCCAUGGUCUUGGAAACCUUAGGAAGUUAAGAGAGUUGGAUUUAGAGGAGAACAAAUUGGAAUCCUUGCCAAAUGAAAUUGCAUAUCUUAAGGAUUUACAGAAAUUAAUCUUGACAAACAACCAGUUGACCACUCUUCCCAGAGGCAUUGGUCACCUUACCAAUGUCGCACAUCUUGGCCUUGGAGAGAACCUACUCACUCAUCUUCCUGAGGAAAUUGGUACACUGGAGAACCUAGAAGAACUGUAUUUGAAUGACAACCCCAACCUGCAUAGCCUUCCCUUUGAGCUGGCUCUCUGCAGCAAACUUUCAAUCAUGAGUAUUGAGAACUGUCCACUCAGCCACCUUCCACCUCAGAUUGUUGCUGGGGGGCCUUCUUUCAUCAUUCAGUUCCUAAAGAUGCAGGGUCCAUAUCGUGCCAUGGUCUGAUACAAAUCUACUGGUCCCACACACUGUUCAAAAAUAGACUGCCAUUAAGUUUUCAUAUCUAUAUCUGUAUCUAUUUAUGUAGAUAUUGAUAUAUAUGGCAGAUUUAUAAAGAUUGCAUUAUGUGUUUCUGCUAAUAGAGGAAUCAUAGCCAUUUAGAUUUUUUUUUAAUUCUGUACAAAAGGCUUAUAUAAGUUUUCUUUGCUGAAUUUGAUGGAUGUUUUUCUGUUGUGUAAUCUGAUGUGCCAGUUUGCUUAAAACAUUUGCCAACAAAUUAUGAAGCUAUUAAAUUUAAGGGACAGAGGUAGUAUGGUUAGAUAUACUUUCUCUUAGGAAGAAUAAUGGGCAAACAAUUUUGUUGCAACUUUUCAUAUAUAUAUUUUCCCCUUGCCAAUUGUCAUAUCUUUAUAGUAUUGUAGGCCCUGAAGGUAGAAUUUUUCUUUAACUUAUUUUGAGAUUUGAGAUUUAAAUUUUAUGUAUUGUUUACAGUCAGAGUAAAUCACUGGAUUGUUGUUGUUAUUAUUAUGUUUUGGUUUUGAUUUGCUCUGUUUUAAUCAGUCAAAUCUAGAGUUUAUAUCCUCUGUUAAAGAAUUUGCAUCAGUUGGUUUAAACAAUAAAAGGUAUUUGCUUGUUAAAACAACUGGCAAAGUGAAAAGAUACAGUCAAAAAUCUCGUAUUUCUUUAAUUGUGCUUCUCUAAUGAGUGGUAAAGCAAAAUACCUGAAUUGAGUCUUUGGGUAAGGGGAGGGUAUUGAGACCUUUUUUUAGUCUAAAUAUUUUUUCUUAAGUUUGGGGAACAAAAACUUACAAUGAAAAGGAGCUUUUUCAUUCCUGAAAGUUGCAGAUUCACAAGAACUAACAGAAUAAUUUGGCAAAUAAAUAAAUUACAUAUAAACACACAUUCUAUAUAUGUAUAUAUAAUGCUAUAUAGAUAUGUAUUUAUUAUAUCAUAAACUACAGUAGGUAACUUUAAGGAUUUCUCCCUAUCCUUGUACAAUGACAUGAAUGUCUCUCUUUGAAAACUGCAAUAUAUGUAUGUUUCAAGGUUAUUUAACAGUGUACUAUGGUUUUAUAUCUUGACUUGCCUUGUACACCUUUCAAUUCUGGAAUAUAUGCGUCCAAGCACAAUAUCUUCACACUGUGCUGUAUUGCUGCUGACCUAAAUGCACUUUUCCCCACACGUGGGGCACUGGCUUCAAACAAUUAAGUUCAGUAUCAUUACUUUUAAUCUCAUCUUUCCUUUCUUGGUAGUUGUUAAUAUAGUUAUGGAAAAGAGGCACAUUGCAUAGAAGUCAUUGAUAGUUCAAUGGAAGGUCUGUAAGAUAUGCAUGUGCUCUUUGAUACAUUUUCUUUCACUUUUCUGCUUUUAAGACUUAGCAGUAUUGUUGGUGUAAGCCAAUUUGCUUAUUGAGGAGACUCAGAAAGCAAGUGCAUUCUAGAUACCAUCCUAAAAACACUUCCCAUGUAAUGCGUAAAUAUUACGUAUUGCUGCUUAGUUUUUUUUUCCAUUUAGUUGGGCAUUGUAUUUUAAACAAAAACAUUUUUUGAUUAAGGCUAUGAUAUUAAAAUCAGGACUAGGUUUGAGGUUAUAACUGUGUUUGCAAUUGACAGUUUUAUAAGGAGCAACUAAGAAAUGGAAGGCAGGUGAAGAUAUAAAACCCUAGAAUGUUUAAAUGUGCUGUAAAACUAUUGUAGAUGUCACUGGAUUUUACCAAGUAAUAUCCUUUCUUCUUUUUUCCAUCUACUGUGGCUUUUCAGUUAAAAUUUUCUUUAUAAAAGGAAUUUGUUUAUUACAGCUCUACCUAGA